UGGUCGUUACUGCGGAGUGACAAGCAGCAACGUUCAGUUCACUCCAUCAGUACUCCCUCCUCAGUAAGCGCGAGUGCACCGCCGCGUAGUAGCACUUGUCUGGCUAUCGCGGCUCCUCGGCGCACUCGAUACGCACGAUGUCGCGCGCCUACAAACCGUCCAACCAUGUCGUCGAAAAAUCGCGGGUACCAUCGUUCGAAAAAUACAAAGAGAUGCACAAAAAAUCACUCGAGGAACCAGAAGCGUUUUGGUCGGAAAUAGCGAACGAGUUCCAUUGGCAAACACCUCCACAGCCCGGCAAUUUCGUAUCGUACAAUUUCGAUAUAAGUAAGGGCAAUAUUUUUGUCAAAUGGAUGGAAGGUGCUGUCACUAAUGUGUGUUUCAAUCUUUUGGACCGCAACGUGAGGAAUGGGCAUGGAGAGAAAAUCGCAUACUACUGGGAGGGGAACCACCCAGACGACUACAGCCGGGUGACUUACCGUAAGCUGAUGGACCAAGUGUGUCAGUUCGCGAACGCGCUUAGGGACUGCGGCGUGGGCAAGGGAGACCGAGUCUCCAUAUACAUGCCCAUGAUCCUGGAGACAGUGGUCUGCAUGCUCGCCUGCGCCAGAAUCGGCGCCAUUCAUUCCGUCGUAUUCGCAGGAUUCUCUUCAGAUUCGCUAGCGGAGCGAAUGUCGGACUGCAAGGCAAAGGUGUUGGUGACGGCUGACGGUGGGUGGCGCGGUGAGAAACUGCUGGUCCUGAAGAACAUCUGCGACGAGGCGAUGCAGAAGGCGAAGAGCAAGCACAAGCACGAGGUGCCGCUGUGCAUCGUCGUAUCGCACCUGUCUCGCGUCACGCCCUGCGGCGACUUACCCGAUGAUGUCAGUGCAUUGUACGGAUGGGACGACGAUAGAGAUGUGUGGUGGCAAGACAUUGUGGAAGGACAAUCUACUAUCUGCCCACCAGAAUGGAUGGAGGCCGAAGAUCCACUGUUCAUGUUGUAUACUAGUGGUUCGACUGGGAAACCCAAGGGUGUGCUACACACGACCGCCGGCUACCUGACAUACGCGACCGCGACCAUGCGCUACGUGUUCGACUACCAGGAGCGCGACGUGUACUGGUGCACCGCCGACGUCGGCUGGAUCACCGGCCACACCUACGUUGUGUACGCGCCCUUGGCUAACGCCGCCACCUCGGUCAUGUUUGAGGGCACUCCUUUCUACCCAGACAACGACCGGUAUUGGGCGCUGGUGGAAAAGUAUAAGGUCACUCAAUUUUACACUGCUCCCACCGCCAUCAGAGCACUCAUCAAAUUCGGAGAUGAUUUUGUGAAGAAGCACUGCUUGAGCACACUGAGGGUCCUGGGCAGUGUUGGUGAGCCCAUCAACCCUGAAGCGUGGCUGUGGUACUACAACCUGGUGGGCAACGGAAGGUGCUCCAUCGCUGACACUUUCUGGCAGACAGAAACCGGUGGGCACGUGAUCACCAGUCUACCCGGAGCCACGCCCAUGAAGCCAGGCGCAGCCGGUUUUCCCUUCUUUGGUGUGGAACCGAGUCUGUUAGAUGAGAACGGCAAGCUCAUAGAAGGUCCCGGUGAGGGCUACCUGGUCUUCUCUCGACCCUGGCCCGGCAUCAUGAGGACUCUCUUUGGUGACCACGACCGAUACGAGAAGGUUUACUUCUCUAAGUUCCCUGGAUACUACUGCACCGGCGACGGGGCUAAAAGAGACGAAGACGGCUUCCUGUGGGUAACAGGUAGGAUAGACGACAUGCUCAAUGUAUCUGGUCAUCUAAUGUCCACCGCAGAAGUGGAAGGAGUGCUCACCGAAGAACCCAGAGUGUCCGAAGCCGCCGUAGUGUCCAAACCUCAUCCCGUAAAAGGAGAGUCGCUUUACUGCUUCAUAAGUCUUAAUGAAGGCGCCAAAUUUGAUGCGGACCUUGUCAGCUGUUUGAAAAAGCUGGUCAGACAGAGGAUUGGAGCUUUCGCUGCACCUGACGUCAUACAAUACGCGCCAGGACUCCCCAAGACCAGAUCCGGAAAGAUCAUGCGCAGGAUAUUGAGAAAGGUCGCCCUCGGAGACCGAGACAUCGGAGACACAUCCACAUUAGCAGACCCCAACGUAGUGGAGGAACUCUUCAAAAAUAGACCCUAAAUGCUGCCCGAUUUAGAAAUUUUUGCCUCGCCAUUGCCUGCUGUUUCUGUCCCUUACCCGAAGCAUUUAGAAGUGCAGCUAAAAUUGGCACCGCUCUAUGAUUUCCGAUGCAUACCGUCCCCAAAUAGUACUGUUUUAUAUUUUUAUAUUCAGUCAGACUAUUGUCACAAUCGUCUCAAUAAUAACUGAAAUCAUUAUUAUUCUUGUUUCGAAUCUUAGCUAAACUUAGCUGUGUUUUGUAUUAAUGUAUACUGUUAGCUAUUAUCUAAAUUUAACCAAAUAAACACACAAGCUUUACACUCUGGACCGUUAGUAAAUUCGUAAAUUAUAAUUCAUGAAAUAAUUAAACUUAUAAAAACAUUAAAGAAAUUCAGAGAGUGCAAUUUGCAGGCGACAAGUCAAUCAAACAGAGGUGAAAAUGAAGGUACAAUGUUAAGUACACUUGGUCAGGUAUAUAUUUUUAUAGAAUAUUUGUUGAGAACGAGUAAGCAUUGUGGUCAUUAAAACAUUUUCAAGAAAUUCGUAAUCCAGAUUGUCAGAUAUAUUUAAUUACUAUGAAAAUGGGUCAAUGGUCAGAAAUAAAGGUGGAAGUUUUUAAGUGUUGCACGCAUUUAGUUAUUUAGUACCGUUAUGUAAAAGAGUUUUUUUUUUAAAUCGUGAUGAUAGGUAGGUUUUAAUUUUAAAUUGAGUUGAUAUGAAUGGUAUGCUUGGGUUCGUUUGGCAAUAUUUCUGUGGUAUUUUACAUGCAGUAGCAAUAGUUAUUUAUAUUUUGAUGAGGUCUUUAAACUUAAAACUAAAUUUAACAUCAGUCUCUCCUUUUCAUUCUCUAUAGAGAAUGACAGGGAUGCACUGUUGUCAAAUUUAAGUUUAGCUUUAGAGAAUCAUGCCAGAAUCGACAUCAUUGUUGCGACUAAAGUUCGUUAACUAAAAACCUAAUCUUACCUACAUGUUGAAGAAGUAAAAAUUACAUAUAUUUUCCAAAAUUUAGUUGUUCACUUAAAGAAACACGAUCUCAAUAGGUAACUCUUUUGUUGAGAAACUUUAGGGGUAUAGACAAAUAUAUCAACUUUCAUUCUUCAUACGACCG